AUGGCCCACCAUAAACUACAAGACAUCCCCGUCCCCAUUAAGAGGCAGGCAAAGCCAUACCACGUCAUUCCAACCAGCCCUCAAAAGUCGGCCGCUAGACAAGGCACCAUUUUGGCUCCUUUGAUCCCCAACUUGACUCUUCCUUGGAGUCACAGUGUUUCCAAUGCAAGCCUCACCCAAGCAUUUGCUGAAGCCCAUCAUCUGGGCCAAACCGUCUAUGGCUACAGCCCACCUCACCAAUUUCAAUCACCGCUGUUCAACAUCAACUCGAUGAUGUUGCAGCCCAACGUUUUUGGGCACAGAAGCUUAAGUGCACCUCAAGUUUUGACCCCAACUCAACCUUCUAUCGUGGUCCAUCUUAACAAAGAUGAAGAUGAUGAAGAAUUACCGCACCCCUUAGAUAUUCUAGACUACUGA